CCCGCCACGCUUUAAUCAGUGACGUGGAUUUUUUUUUUUUUCAUUCAGAGUUGCAGCCAAAUAUCCAACAAGCAGGCUUUUUAACAACAAAAUAAAACGUCCAAUUCUCUUACAUCAACGCCCGAAUACGCGCUUUAAGGACGCCAACACGACCCAGCAGACAAGAUGAGUAAAACCGGCAAAGUGUUGAAUUUAAAAGACAAAAUCAGCGACAAGGAGAUGGAUUUAAGUCUGUGCAACCUCAGCGAGGUGCCCGUCAAGGAGCUGGCUUCUUUUCCCAAAGCUACUUUUCUGGACUUGUCCUGCAACAACCUGACAACUCUGCCUCCAGAGUUCUGCAACCUGACCCACUUGGUGAAAGUAGACCUGAGUAAAAACCAGCUGACCUGUUUGCCAGAUGACCUGGGCAGCCUGGUCAACCUCCAGCACCUGGACCUGUACAACAACAAGCUGAGCGAGCUGCCCGUCAGCUUCUCUCAGCUGCGGAGUCUGAAGUGGUUGGAUCUGAAGGACAACCCGCUGGAGGUCAACCUGGCUAAAGCGGCGGGGGAUUGCCUUGACGAGAAGCAGUGCAAACAAUGCGCCGGCUGGGUUCUAAAACACAUGCUAACGCUUCAGGAGGAGGUUGACCGCGCACGGGAGAAACGUCUUUUGAGGGAAAAAGAGCUGGAGAAGAAGAAGGAGGCGAAGCAGAGGGAGCGCGAGGCUCGGGAGAAGGAGGCUCGCAAGCGGGAGAAGGCGGAGGAGAAGGAGAAGAGGAGGAAGGAGUACAAAGCUCAGAUGGCCGCCGCCGCCGCCCAGGAACAGCAGAAGAAGAGGAACGAGGAGAAGAAGAGUAAGAAGAAGAACGGACAGGCGUCAGACAAAAAGACGGCGGCACAAGCGGCGUCCAAAUCCCGGCCAACCGUCCUGGGCGUGGUCUUCAAGCUCCUCCUGCUGCUGCUGCUCGGACUGGCCGCGGCCGCCGCCGCCUGCCGCCUGACGGAGCUGCGCCAGGAGGACGCGUGCGUGCCGCUCAACGCCGCCGUGGACCGGGGCCUGGCCUGGGCCCGGGAGAAGGAGGGCGUGGUCAGACAGCUGCUCUACGACCUGUCCGCCGCAGCCAAGGACUUCCUGGAAUCGGCGCAAGCGUCCAAAAGCUAAACGCGCUCGGAAAAGCAAUCCUCCGAUCGACGCCGCUUCUCAUUCGCGCAGAAGGACGAGGAGGGGGGUGGGGGGGGGGGGAGGGGUCAAAGUGUGCAAGAUCACCUUAAAUUCCUAUGGAAUUGUUGUCGCUCUUUGUACAACCGCACGUUUUUUUUAACGCAUCUUUGUCGUCUUAAACCCGGCCCCGACCUGGAAGGCGCUCAUGGCGUCCUCCGAUGUUAUCAAGAAGGGUGAAGAAAACAUUCUAACGUGAUUGAACAAAUGCUAAUCCGCUUGUGGAAAUGACUUCAUGCAUCAAAUAAAAGUGGGUGAAUUUGCCUCGG